GCGGGACAGGCGAGAGGGAGGGGCAGAGGCGGAAAGAGAGCCAAUGGGAGCCGCGCCCGACGGGGCGCGCCCACCCCCCAGAAUACUUAGGCCCCGCCCCCACUGCUCUGCCACCGCGCUCUGCGCCUCCCCCGCUACAACGUGUCCGUUGCUGGGUUGGGCCGGCAGUCGAAGCCCGGCGUCGUAAAAAGCGACGGUCGCCAGCGUAAGCGGAGGUAAAGCCUUGGCUUCUUCGGGAGGCGUGGCCGAGCCUCCGCCGCUUGCUCCGGAGGCGGAAAAUUCCGUUGUUCGGGCACGCGGGGACAGAAGAAGGAGUUUUUUUUUCACGCAGGCUCUCGCAGUCGCUGCAGCCGUGACCGAGAAACUGCCAGAACUACAGCUUCCGUGCCACACUGCGCAUGCGUAGCCGGGAGGUCGCGGCGCAAGGCGGCGGAGGGGCUGCCGCCGUAAAGCGCGGACGAUGUCGGGGCCGCACGGUCCCGCGGUGCUGCCGGUCUUCGAGAAGCGGCUGUUAGUGACGGGCGGCGCGGGAUUCAUUGCUUCACAUGUAGUCGUCUCUCUUGUGAAAAACUAUCCAAACUAUCUGAUUAUAAAUCUAGAUAAGCUCGACUACUGUGCAAGCUUGAAGAAUCUUGAAACUAUCUCUGAGAAGGAAAACUACAAGUUUAUCCAGGGAGAUAUUUGUGAACCUGAUUUUAUAAAACAGCUCUUUGAAACUGAGAAAAUAGAUAUAGUCCUUCAUUUUGCAGCCCAAACUCAUGUAGAUCUUUCAUUUUGGCAUGCCCUGGAAUUCACCUACGUGAAUGUUUAUGGCACUAAUGUGCUGGUUGCUGCUGCGCAUGAAGCCAACGUGGAGAAGUUCAUCUAUGUUAGUACAGAUGAAGUCUAUGGAGGUAGCACUGAUGAGGAAUUUGAUGAAUCCUCACCAAAACGUCCAACAAAUCCGUAUGCAUCUUCUAAAGCAGCUGCAGAGUGUUUUGUUCAGUCCUACUGGGAAAGGUACCAAUUCCCAGUUGUUAUCACACGGAGCAGUAAUGUUUAUGGACCACACCAAUAUCCAGAAAAAGUUAUUCCCAAGUUUAUAUCUUUGUUGCAACAGAACAGAAAAUGCUGUAUUCAUGGUACUGGACUUCAAAGGAGGAAUUUCCUUUAUGCAACUGAUGUGGUAGAAGCAUUCCUUACUGUCCUGAAGGAGGGGAAACCAGGUGAAAUUUAUAACAUUGGAACUAGCUUUGAGAUGUCCAUUGUCCAGCUUGCUAAGGAGUUAAUCCAUUUGAUAAAGAAAACCAGUUCGGAAUCUGAAAUGGAGCACUGGAUGGAUUAUGUCAGAGAUAGACCUACCAAUGACCUGAGGUACCCAAUGAAUUCAGAAAAAAUGCACAACUUAGGAUGGAGACCUAAAGUGCCUUGGAAAGAAGGAAUAAAGAAAACAAUUGAAUGGUACAAAGAAAAUUUUCACAACUGGAAGAACUCAGACAAAGCUUUGGAGCCCUUUCCUGUGACGGAGCCGUUUGCACAACUCAGUGGUCCAUAGGGUGGUGGUGAACCUGAAAGAGUUCAUUCUACCUCAUACAGUCUUUUCUUCAAAGCCUGGUGUCAAGUGCCACACUGAACUCCUAAUGUGUUCCAGAAACAUGAACCAUGGUGAAUGCAGAACUACAGUAUGGCACGACUUUGGAAGGGCUUCAGCACUUUCUAAGUUUCAGCUUUUGGUGCAAUAUUUUUUUCUUACUAGGUAUUGAUUUUAAAGAACUGUACAGGGUGAAGAAUUUAAUGCUUUGAAUUAGCAUAACUGAAGUCAGAUCUGCCUUAUUAAGAAUAAUUAAUUGCAAUUACAGCUUUUGGGACUUUGUUAAAUAUGCUUCAGUUCUGCAUUUGUUCGUCUGUAUUAGUUUGUUUUUGCAGUGUAAUGUAUAGUAUUUGUCACUUAAGAGUUGCAUUUUAUUUUUAAUCAAGGGGAAGAUUGCAAUAUUUUCUGGAUAGUUUAAAUCAAUUGAUAAAAGCCAGGUAUGACACCAGUAUGGUUCAGUCCUUUUCUGUAGGUGGCUGAUUAAACUGUUACCUACACUAUAACUUGGAAGGGAGGGAAGGUGUCAAGAAGUGGCAGGUGUUGUUGAUGUCCAGAAGCAUUUUCAUAAACUUUGUUCUUUUAUUAAAUGGUAUUUUUACUACAUUACUGUCUUUUAAAAUGUUGAUUUCCUUUUAUUAACUGUAAUUGUAACAAACCUGAAGUACUGUAAUGCAGUUUACAUUCCAGAGAUGUGAUUUCCUGUGAUGUGAAGGCUAUUUGUGGAGAAGAAUUUGAAACGCUUCUUUUCCUGUGAAUUGUGGCUUGGCAUGUAAAUGGUGAAGAUGGGGAGGAAACUUCAAGUCUCAAAAUAUGUCAGUGAAUAUUUUUCAAAGUUGAUUCAGUAAUACAAGUUAUUGUGUAAGAGGCUUCUUUUAAUUAAGUAAACAUGUUGAAAAAGUAAA